AUGCUUCUCCCAUUCUUUUCUUUCCCGCUUUCUUUAUCUAUUAACGUUUUCAUGCAAACUUAUAUUUUUAAAUGCCUAUAUAAUACUUUCUUCUGUCUUUGUCCAUCUGACGCUUUUGUCAGUGUGUCAUUUUCAGCUUCUGCGUCUCUUUUGUCAGCUUCUGCAGUCACCAAAUGCAAUGCACCAUCAACACAACCUCAAACUGCCCACAACCUUAAUCUAGCCCCCGUCCACUCCGUUGUUGUCGUCGUCUUAUUCAACCACGAUGGCGCCUUUCUUUUGCCACCUUACCGUAAGCCGAAGAGAAUCCGCACUGCCUUCUCGCCGGCUCAACUUCUCCAGUUAGAAGAAGCUUUUGAGAAGAAUCACUACGUAGUUGGGCAAGAACGCAAGGAGCUUGCUGCAGAUUUAAAACUCACUGAAACGCAGGUGAAAGUGUGGUUUCAGAACCGCCGUACGAAGCAUAAGCGAAUGAAAGCCGAAGAAGAAGCCACCUCAGCGUCAGCGAGUACCACACGUGAAGAGCCCACGUCAUCGUCACGCGCACGACCCAAAAAAAUGGACAUUGAUCCAACAGGGAUCGAACCGAUUGAAUAUGAUGGGCCUAUUUCUUUCCUUCGUUAUUUCUUUCGUUCUUUCUUUUUCUUUCUCAAAUUCCACUUUUUGCUUUCUUUCUCAAAUCCAUCUUUCUUUCUUUCUUUCUUUCUUUAUUUCUUUCUUUCUUUCAUUCUUUCUUUCGCAAAGGCAUAUUUCUUUCUUUCUUUUUUCUUUCUUUUUCUUUCUCAAAUUCACUUUUUUUCUUUCUCAAAAUCUUUCUUUUCUUUCUUUCUUUCUUUCUUUCUUUUUUUUUUCUUUCUUUGUGUUAUUUUUUCGUUCUUUCUUUUUCUUUUAAACUUUUUGCUUUCUUUCUCAAACUUUCUUUUUCUUUCUUUCAAUUUCUUUUUCCUUCGUUAUUCUUUUGUUCUUUCUUUUUCUUUCUCAAAUUCCACUUUUUGUCUAAUCUUUCUUUCUUUUUUCUUUUUUUCUUUCUUUCAUUCAUUCUUUCUUUUUUUUCUUUCCUUCGUUAUUUCUUUUGUUCUUUCUUUUUCUUUCUCAAAUUCCUCUUUUUUCUUUCUUUCUCAAAUCCCUUUCUCUCUUUCUUUCUUUCUUUCUUUCUUUCUUUCUUUCAUUCUUUCUUUCAAAAUAUUUCUUUCUUCGUUAUUUCUUUCAUUUCUUUUCAAAUCCAUCUUUCCUUUCUUUCUUUCUUUUUUCUUUCUUUUUUUAACGAUUUCCUCCUUCUUUCUUUCUUUCUUUCUUUUUUCUUUCUUUCUUUGUGCAUGUUUUCCCUUCUUUCUUUCUUUCUUUUCUUUCUUUCUUUUUUCUUUGUUUUUCUUUGAUUUCCCUUCUUUUCUUUCUUUCUUUCUUUCUUUUCUUUCUUUCUUUCUUUUUUUUCUUUCUUUGUCUGAUUUCCCUUCUUUUUUCUUUCUUCUUUUUUUUCUUUCUUUCUUUUCUUUCUUUCUUUCUUUCUUUCUUUCUUUCUUUCUUUCUUUCUUUUCUUUCUUUCGCAAAAAUUUCUUUCCUUCGUUAUUUCUUUCGUUCUUUCUUUUCUUUCUCAAAUUCCACUUUUUGCUUUCUUUCUCAAAUCCAUCUUUCUUUCUUUCUUUCUUUGUCCAUGAUUUCCCUUCUUUCUUUCUUUCUUUCUUUCUUUCUUUCUUUCUUUGUCCAUGA